AUGCUGCCCUGGAAAGUAGCCUAUCUAGAAGCCCUUGUUACUCACGAUCCAUUUAUGUAUCUGUGUGAAAUGCAGGUAGCCUUACGAGACGACUUGAAUUUACCUCCUGCUGAAGUACCUUCUCUUCCGACCAUUUGCAGAACUCUUCUUAGAUUUGACACGCCACAAGGCAUCAAAAGUUCCCCUGGAGAGAUUUACACCCGAGAAGAAUGCUCGACGAAGGAGUUUUGUAAAUUGGCGACGAACUGUAGAUCCGAGGAAGCUGUAUUUUGCCGAUGA